AUGAUUUAUGAACAACAAUUUAUAAAGAGUAGUAAAGAUGGUGAGUUAAUUGCUUAUCAUGAAUGGUAUGAUGAACAAGCAAUUAAAAUUGGUGGAUGUAAUUGUUUGGUUAUGAUGAAUCAUGGUUAUGGUGAUCAUAUGAAAAGAUAUGAAGAACUGGCAAAAAACAUUAUAAAAAACAAUAGGGGUGCUAUUGUUUUUGGAAUCGAUCAUCCAGGACAUGGAUUAUCAGGUGGUGAAGCAACUCUAGUAAAAGACUACGAUAGUGUUGUAGAUGAUUUAUAUACAGCUGUUCAACUAGUAAGAGAGAAUCAUAAACUAAAUAACAACAACAACAAAAACAACACUCCAUUGAAAUUUAUAAUCAUUGGUUAUUCAGUUGGUGGAAUGUUAACAGUGAUGUAUUAUCAUAAAUAUGGUUCAAUAAAUAUUGAUAAUAAUAAGAUCGAAGGAUUGGUUCUAGUUGGACCGUUGAUUGGUACUGAACACGCUGUUAUUAAGCUGCAGGAUAUCGAUGCUCCACCAAUGGUUAUAAGAGCAGAAGUCUAUACUACGGAUAAGCAAGCUCAGCUGGAAAUGUAUGACGAUCCACUCUAUCAUCUCGCUCCGUUCAAGAGAGAAACACUCUUGAAUGUCAUUGACAAACUGCGUGACAUUAAAGAUCAAGUCAAUCUCGACAAUGUUGAAGUACUCUGGUUACACGGUGAGAUUGACCUGCUCUCACAUGACCUCGUAAGAAAAGGUUUAGAUCAAAUUAAGACCAAUCAAUAUGAAUCACACCUCUUCAAUGGAGUUAGUCACGAUCUUUUUCAUGAAACCAAUAAAGAACAAGUCUUUGAAGUUCUUAACCAAUUCAAUAUUAAAAUAAUGAAUAAUAAUAAAUAA